AUGUGGAAGGGAAACAGCCCAGGGUGUAACCAGGGAGCAGCCAUGGAAGGAACCGGUGGAGAACUGGGGGGACAAGGGAACUGGGGUCUGGAAGAUGCCCCAGGCCUCUUGGCCAGGGCCUCCCUGCCCAUCAUGCCUGCAUGGCCAUUGCCUCUGGCCUCAUCUGCCCUUACCCUGCUCCUUGGAGCUCUCACUUCCCUCUUCCUCUGGUACUGCUACCGCCUGGGCUCCCAAGAUAUGCAGGCCCUAGGGGCUGGGAGUCGGGCUGGGGCUGUCAGUGGUAGGCCUGGAGGGUGCUCUGAGGCUGGCAGACCAAGCCCACGGAGCUCUGGGGAGUCUGUGGAAGGACCUAGGACAGAAGGCCUAGUGAGCCGUCGCCUUCGGGCCUACGCCAGGCGCUACUCUUGGGCAGGGAUGGGUAGGAUGAGGCGGGCGGCUCAGGGUAGCCCAGGCCCUGGGGGAGGGCCAGGGGUCCUGGGCAUUCAGCGCCCAGGCCUACUUUUCCUGCCAGACCUGCCCUCAGCCCCCUUCGUGCCACGGGAUGCCCAGCGGCAUGAUGUGGAGCUCCUGGAGAGCAGCUUCCCUGCCAUUUUGAGGGACUUCGGGGCUGUGAGCUGGGACUUCUCAGGGACUACCCCUCUGCCUCGGGGCUGGUCCCCACCACUGGCCCCUGGGUGCUACCAGCUCCUGCUAUACCAAGCAGGCCGGUGCCAACCCAGCAACUGCCGCCGGUGCCCGGGGGCCUAUCGGGCACUGAGGGGGCUGCGAAGCUUUAUGAGUGCCAACACCUUCGGCAAUGCUGGCUUUUCCGUCCUCCUGCCUGGGGCCCGGCUCGAGGGCCGCUGUGGGCCCACCAAUGCCCGAGUCAGAUGCCACCUGGGCCUGAAGAUCCCCCCUGGCUGUGAGCUGGUGGUCGGGGGUGAGCCCCAGUGCUGGGCUGAGGGACACUGUCUACUGGUGGACGACUCCUUCCUGCAUACAGUGGCUCAUAAUGGCUCUCCCGAAGAUGGGCCUCGAGUGGUCUUCAUCGUGGACCUUUGGCAUCCCAAUGUGGCUGGGGCCGAACGCCAGGCCCUCGACUUUGUCUUCGCACCAGACCCUUGAAGGAAGGUGCUCCCUUCAGACAUCUGGGCUGGAGAAAUGCUGCGCUCGGGGAUGGCCUGAGUGGUAGCCAGGACCACCUCUCCAUUGCAGGGGGUGGGGUGGGGCUGAGGGUGGGAACUGGCCAGUGAACACCGAAAUAUAGAUUUUAAAAUCCUC